UGUGGUUCCGAUGCAUGUGACCUGUACGUGGCCAACAUUGCGCAGUCAUUGGACCCAUAUAUCUUUAUAGCUGCGCCAGUAUUGGCCCAGUAUCGGUUAUUCGUUCCUGCUUCUGACACUGAAUGGUGCUUGGCUGAUGGUGAUCUGAACUUCGAGUUUUGCAAAAUCUUUGAGUGCCAUACCAACAUGUCCACCAUAGACCAGCAAAGUGUUCCAGUCGACAUGGAGAAAGUAAAGGAUCAUUGCCCAGCCUUCAAGCAAGGCUGUCCUUACAGCAAGCUAACAGAGAACAUAUUUAUGGAGGAGUUGAGAAAGUGCCCUGCAUUUAAGGAGGGAUGCCCAUUCAAAGAUGCCAAAAGCAUUCAUGAUGUCCAGGAAGAGCUGGCCAAGAUGCCGGAGGCCAAACACCACGAAGGUGCCUCUCACGAGCAGCUGCUGCACAUGCUUCAGGCAGUCCAUGAGGCAUCCAAGACUCUUGAAAAGGACAUGGGGGAGUGCCCGGUGUUCAAGCCUGUCUCUGGAGGGUGCCCAUUCAAGGCAGCCAGCGAAGGGGGAAAGCCUCUUGUGGAACCCCCAGCAGCAGUACUUUCAACUGCUGACCUGGUUAAACUGAAGGAGUUGUGCCCAGCGUUCAAGGAAGGCUGCCCAUUCGCAAAGAUGGACAACAAAGAGCUGCUUGAACAGAUCCAGAGGUGUCCAGAGUUCAAAGAGGGUUGUGCUUUUAAAAAGGCACACAGCAUGGAAGAGAUCUAUUAUAAAUUGCAGGAAAUGCCAGAAACUGGAGAAUCCUGCCAUCAUCGAGAUGUGCUCAUCCAGACCAUGAAAAUCAUCCAUGGAAUUGACCAUGCCAAGGCCCAAGAGUGCCCUAUACUUAACAAGCUGGGCUGUCCUUUUAAGGGGGUGGAGUCUCACGGGAAACCACUUAUUGAACCAGUUGAAGAUGUCCUUCCAGAGUCACAGACCAACGAUACCACUGCACCCGAAGAUCUUAAGCUAGUUGAUCUUACGAAUCUGAGGGAGAAAUGUCCAGCAUUUGACAUGGGCUGUCCAUUCUCUGAAAUCGGACAAAAGAGUUUAGCCGAGGAAAUCAAGAAGUGCCCAGAGUUCAAGUCCGGUUGUCCUUUCAAGGGCAUGGAGAGCAUGGCUGAGGUGUACGAGAAGUUGUCCCAACUUCCUGCAUUCUCCCCAGAAAAUCCACACGGCAGUAAGCUUCUUGAGACCCUUAUGGAGGUGCACAAAGUCUCAAAGGAGAUCAAGGAAGAGAUGGGAGAAUGCCCUGUGUUUGCCACUGAUGAUGGUUGCCCUUUCAAGACCAUCUGUAGUGAUGGCAGACCUCUGGUGGAAAAGCUGGAGUUCCACAGGUGGACUGAAGUGUUCCAAAACUCCCUUCAGGAGGAAUUGGAUUCUGUGGCAAGGCAGAUCACUGAGAAAGACCAAACAAUUCAGCUGUCAAAAGAGCUGAAAAAAGGCACCAAAGUUGUCCAUCGAGCUGCAGAGAAUGUCCACUUUGUGAAGGAAUUUGCAAGAGGAAGAAUUGAAAGCUACUGGUACCGUGUUUUAUUGGCUGAUUUGUACUAUGUGUACAGCGUUCUGGAAGAAGAGAGCAGAAAGCACAAAGAUCACCCAUGCUUUGGGCCAAUCCACUUUCCUGAGAAGCUUGAAAGGACAGAAAGCAUCAAAGAGGACCUUGCAUUCUAUUAUGGCGAGGACUGGGAGGAACAGAUCAAGCUGUCUGAUGCCACAAAAGAGUAUGUCGACAGGCUGAAGGCGAUCAGUGCUGAAGACCCCCGACUUCUUAUCCCUCACCACUACACCCGCUACCUGGGCGACCUUUCAGGAGGUGCCAUCCUGAAGAAAAUGGCAGUCAAGGCCAUGAAACUCCCUGAGACGGGAGAGGGUGUGAAAUUCUUCACGUUUGACAAAGUGGCCAAUGCCAAGGAGUUCAAGAACCACUACCGCUCACGGUUAGACAAGCUGGACAUCAGCAAAGACGUUUCUGACAAGCUGGUGCAAGAAGCCAACCUGGCAUUUAUGUUAAACAUCAAGGUCUUCAAGGAAAUUGACGCCAUGACAGGGUACGGCGUAGAUGACACGCCCAUUACCAAGGAGCCGCAGCUCCCCUCGGGACACGCCAACACGGACGCUGACGUAAACAAGUGCCCAUUUGCGUCCAUCGCGCAGAAAGCAAGGAAGGAAGCAGAGGAAGAGGCAAAAAAGGCAGCCGAGAAGAAGAUGGCGUCAGAGAAAAAGAGUUCUCCGUCCCAGAAACAAGCGAGCCCCAUAUCCACCCCAUUGUUGUUAGCUCUCAUUAUUGCUGGUAUUGCUGUGGUGGCUGGAUUGAUGCUAUUGAAUCGCUGAUCUGUGCAAGAGGAAAGGGCUAAAUGCAGGAUUCUCAUAGACCAUAGGACGUCUUGAAUAAUUUAGAAUCUGCUAACAGACCGUUUUUCGCGAUGUUACGCGCGCUUCCAAAAUGCCACAGACUGGCGGGCCAUAGCUGAUCCAAAAUGAUACGGACAAAGAGGAAUUUAAGCGCAAAAACUAUGCAUAAGAAGAACUCUGGCAGCUUUUUCUAUAGCUAUGUCUAUAAACUCCACUUUGCCCGCCACUUUAGAUCACUUGUGGCCCGCCAGUCUCUCCCAUUUUGGAUACGCGCGCAACAUUGUGAGAACGGAGUAUUAGUGUAAAGAUUUAACAAAGCGCUGAUCUGCUCCAAUGAAAUGGACUAAGGGCAGGAUUCUCAUAGACCAAAGGACGUCUUAAAUUACUUAGACACUGGAAACUGAAAAUUAUGGUUAAAAUUUAACGAGCCGUAGCAGUUUAAUUUCGCGAGAAACACUAAUUCGCUCUGAUGAUUCAUGUUUCAUCGCAUGGAAGUUGUUUGAAGCUUCCACUAAUGGGUGACAGUGUUAUUUCACUUUGUAGGUUAAGGUGUAGUUUGAGAAUGAACCUAAAAGUUCAUCGUUGCCAGAUUCUUGGUAUUUGUAGCAUAGCCUUAGGGGACUAGAUUCCAAAGAUUGCUGUGAUUUCCGAAUCCUGAACAGUAACGAGAAAUUAUUACUUAAAGAGUUUUUGUAGACAGAUUAUAUUUUAUAGCUAAAUUAAGGAUUUCUUAAAGAUAAAUAUUGAAGAUACUAAUAUAAGAAAUGAAUUUUAAAUAACUGAAUGAAUAUCA